UCUACACUUGUUAUCUUCUAAUUAUUCAAAUCUUUAUUGGCGCUGUUUUCAUCUCAUUAUGGGGAAUAGAUGAAUCAACACCUUCACAUCAAUGCUCUAUGGGAGCAAAUGCUGGCCCUCUUUUUGCCACAAUUUGGUCUAUCUACGCGCAGAUUAUUACAUUUUCUGUCUUUAGUAAGUCCUGUACAUAUAUUGGAAUGCUUAUUCUCUUCUACCGACAAAAUCGUCGUUUCCUCAGCACAACAACAAAAACAAAAAUAACCCAAGUUGCUCCAUCACCUAGACAAAUGGUUCAAAUAAAUGGAGAAAAUAGCCCUGUUGUAAAUAAUUUAAACACUAUAACCAACAAUACUACAACAAAUUCUUGGGAAGCAAAAAGGAAAAGUAAUGUAAAUUUAAAUACAAAUCAGAAUCAACAACAAAAACAACAAAUGCGUUUAACCCUUUUAGUGGCUUUAAUUUUGCUAAUUUAUACAAUUUGUUGGGCAUUUCCAACAGCUAUUUGGUUCCUUUUCAUUGUUACCGACUAUGGAAAUCGUUCCAGAAUCAAUACAGUUACUUAUAUUCAAGGCUUUUUGACUCCAUUCGGAGCCGGAAUUAAUUUAUAUAUUUAUUUGUGGAGACAUGCAGAGAUUAGAAAAUGUGCACGGUCUUCAUUUCCAACAUUAAAACGCAUUCUUGCCGACGAUACUUUAUCAAAUACUCAAAUGAGUUAAAUGAACAA